AUGGGCUCAGGGUUUGUUUACGCUAGUCAUGUUAUUAGUGCUCUUAAGCUUUAUUACAAGAGAAGGCUUGAUUUCUUAACUGCUUUGCUCGUUAAGACCACCACUCAGGUAUUGGGAUUUGGUUGGGCUGGUUUGUAUAGGAAACAUUUAGUUGAGCCUGGUGAGAUGUGGUGGCCAAGCAAUCUCGUUCAAGUGUCUCUCUUCAGGGCAUUACACGAAAAAGAGAAGAAAUCGAAAUGGGGAAUCAGUCGAAAUCAGUUCUUCGUUAUCACGCUCAUCACUAGUUUCUCCUUUCAUCUCCUACCUGGUUAUCUCUUCACAGUCUUAAUCGCUGUCUCUUGUGGGAAGGAAUACGAUGUAAAAAGCAUCAUUGAUGCCAAUUUCCGCCUCGAUCAUAAGGCUUACGCUGAGACCGGACCAGUCCAUAUUAGCACUUUCUUUGCCGUGACCUAUGGACUAGGAAUAGGUUGGACUCUUUACAAUACUAAUCAUCAGAUUAUUCUUCAAGGGAAGGCAUCCACUAAUCCAAUAAACACACCUCUUGAAGUAGAGGCUGAGGCAUUAAGAUCAGCAAUAUACCAUGUUCAGAGGCUUGGAUACACUGAUGUGGUGUUCUGCGGAGAUACAUCUAUCUAUCUUAUAUGA